AUAGUUUGAUCUACAUACAUACACUGGAGAUACAAAUGCUAGAACAUAAAGAAAAAAGAGAGCACCUCGCCAACGUCAAGCCAAUUGGCAGCAAAAACAACUGGAAAGACGACCAAAAAGCACAGAGCAGCAUGGAGCAAAAGCGACGCCGCGUCCGGUCUAUACGUCAUCUCAAUUCGCCUCCUUUGACCCUCCAUUGCCCUUUCCGGAAUACAGUACAGGUACAGCAGUAAAAACCACGGUGUGGUGUGGAACCAACCAAAAGACCACCACUGCUUAUAAUACCAGUGGCUCCUUUUCCCUUCUCUCCAUCCCUAGUCCCUACCCCCGCCUCCACUUCUCUGCGCUUCCCAGCGCCACUGCCCACUGCAUUGCAGACGGACAGUCGGACAGGACCAACAGCUGCCCACAGCACCAAAGCCAGGAAUUCACUUGGAUUGAUUCAAGGGAAGGCUUCAGAUGAACGGGCGGCUGUCGGCCGAGUACCGGGGGCUGGAGGUGAAGGUGCCGAACCUCUUCCGGUGCCCCAUCUCGCUGGACGUGAUGCACUCCCCCGUGAGCCUCUGCACCGGCGUCACCUACGAGCGCGCCUCCAUCCAGCGCUGGCUCGACUCCGGCAACACCACCUGCCCGGCCACCAUGCUCACGCUCCCCUCCACCGACCUCGUCCCUAACCUCACCCUGCGCCGCCUCAUCGCGCUCUGGGCGUCCACGGCCGCGCCCUCCUCCUCGUCGCCCGCCGCGUCCGCCGUCGGGCCCACGCCGGCCGCGGCCGCGGCCGAGCUCCUCCGCCGGAUCGCUGACCCCGGCGCGGACCCCUGCCCCCCGCUCCGGAAGCUCGCGGCUUUCCUCUCCGACGACGACGUGGACGAGUUCGACAAGAACGCGCUGGCGAGGGCCGGCGGUGCCGCCGAGACCGUGGCGUUUGUGCUGCGGAGGGCGGACAGGGAGGCCGCGGAGGCCGCCGUGCGCGUGCUCGCGGCGAUCGCGGCGUCCGACUGCAUCGAGGAGGAGAGCAAGAGGCGCGUGGCCGCUGCGCUCGCCGCCGACGCGCCGUCCGCGGCCGCGUCCCUGGCGCGCGUGCUGCGGAGCGGGACCUCGCUGGAGGCGCGCGUCGACGCGGCGAGGCUGGUGGAGUCGCUGCUCCGCAAUGCGGCACCGGGGGCGCGGGCCGCGGUGGCGGAGUCCGAGGACCUGGUCCGCGAACUGGUCCGCCUCGUGGGCCCCGCGGACGAGAAGAAGGGCAGCCUGGACGGGCAGGCCGUGGCGGCGGGAAUGUCGUGCCUAGCGGCCGUCGCGGCGACGCGGCGUGCCCGCGCUGCGAUGGUUCGGCUGGGCGCCGUGGCCGCCGCGGUGCGCGUCCUGGAAGCCGACGCCGGGCCCCCGGGCCAGGCGCUCCGCGUGCUGGAGGCCACAGUGGGGUGCGCCGAGGGCCGCGCCGCGGUGUGCGAGUCCGCCCUGUCGGUGGUGCCCGCGGUGGUGUCCAAGAUGAUGAAGGCUGGGGUGGGCGGCGCGGAGGCGGCGGUGUCGGUGCUCUGGGCGGUGUGCCACCGGUACCGGGACCGGCGCGCGGUGGAGGCGGCGGCGGCGUGCGAGGGCGGGCUCACCAAGCUGCUGCUGCUGAUGCAGAGCGGGUGCUCGGCGGCUGCGCGGCAGAUGGCGUCGGAGCUGCUCAAGAUCUUCAGGGUGAACGGCAAGAGCUGCGUCGCGGGGUACGACUCCAAGACUAGCCACAUCAUGCCCUUCUGAUUGUAGCAGCAGUCGGAGUCGGACGAACGGAACCGACUCACAUUCUUCCUGUCUGUUUCACUCUUGCAGUUUGCAUCUCUUUGGUUUUGAUUCGGUGGAAGUACAUUGAGCUGGGAAAAGAAAAGAGAAGUAUGAGAAUGGCUUCUCUUGGACCAAACACAAACAUGUACAUGGAUAGAGAUUUUUUUUGGUAGGAAAAAAUUAAUUGACGAGACAAAUUCGGCUUGCAAGCUUUGUACGGUGCAAUUGGCCAAAUGCUGCAAUUCGCAUAACUUGUAUUGCAUGCGAAUGAAGUGGGGAAUGCUUUGGACA